GAUCAUUCUAUAAUUUCUCCAUACUUUACUCUUUGCACCCACAAUAAUUUCCCUUCAGUUCCCUAUUAUUAGCAGAUGAGCAAGUGAUGCAAUUAUCUGCAUCUGGUCCAUAACAAUUAUUACAAGUAUAAUGGCAUUCUAUUAUAAUCGAUAGUCUUACUGGCACAUUACAAUUAACCAAGAUCAUAGUAUCCUUAUGGACAAAUGCACCUUGACAUAAUUAAUUAUCUAUAAGCAGGAUCACAAGAAAGACAACUAUUUUCUAAACUCCCUGAACACGUUAAACAAUUAGAAUGGCAUAUUUGACAUUCCAAAUUGAUAUCGUCACUAAAAUAAUGUGAAUCAAUGCAAACACAUUUAAAUGGCGUACCCACUCUAUCUGGUUAUCUGGAAAUUGGACAAAGACUG